GCUGAACACACUCAGGUCCUGGUUGUGUGUGGAGGAGAAGGUGGGCGGAGUCAUAUGAGUGGUCAUAUGAUCCUCAGCCUGGCGUCUGCAAGAUGACGGGCAACAGCAAGUACAGUAGUGGCAUGGUUUAUGUGACUUUGCUCAUCCUAAUAAUCCUAAUUCAAGGUAAGCCACUGUAUGGUUCAGAGCAUAAGCAACUAGGAGAAAUAUCCAAGGAGAUUUCCCACUAUGCUGACAUUGCCCUGAAGAUCAUAGAUCUGGCAGUGUUCGGGAAGGCUCAGAACCGCUCCUAUGAACGACUUGCCACUUUCACUGAUACAAUUGGUAAUAGAGUGAGUGGAUCCAAGGACCUGGACCUGGCUAUAAAGUAUAUGUACAAUGCCCUGAAGCAGGAUGGACUGGAGAAUGUGCAUCUAGAACCGGUGAAGAUCCCUCACUGGGUGAGAGGAGAGGAGAGUGCUGUGAUGCUUCUUCCACGAAACCACACCAUGUCCAUUCUUGGUUUGGGAAGCAGUGUUGGAACUCCAAAAGGAGGUAUUGAAGCAGAGGUGUUGGUGGUGGAGUCUUUUGAAGAGCUGAAGAGAAGGGCAACGGAGGCCAAGGGGAAAAUUGUGGUAUAUAAUCAGCCCUUUGUUAGCUACGGAGAGACAGUUGCGUACAGGGCUUCAGGAGCUUCAGAAGCUGCUAGAGUCGGAGCCGUAGCUUCACUAAUUCGCUCUGUCACUCCAUUUUCUAUCAACAGCCCCCACACAGGAUGGCAGUGGUACGACCCUGGCGUGCCUCAGAUUCCCACAGCCUGUAUCACAGUGGAGGAUGCUGAGAUGAUGGCCAGGAUGGCCUCCAGAGGCACAAGGAUUGUCCUGCGACUAACAAUGGGGGCGCAGACCCUGCCAGAUGCAGACUCCUUCAAUACAGUGGCUGAGAUCACAGGCAGUGAGCAUCCAGAGCAGGUUGUUCUGCUGAGCGGCCAUCUGGACAGUUGGGAUGUUGGACAGGGGGCUAUGGAUGAUGGAGGUGGCGUGGCUAUUUCCUGGGAAGCUUUGUCUCUGAUCAAAGAUUUAGGGCUACGGCCAAAAAGAACCCUCAGGGCCGUGCUGUGGUCUGCUGAAGAACCAGGCGGAGUCGGAGCUGCUCAGUACUUCCAACAGCACAAAGGAAACAUCUCGAACUUUGACCUGGUGAUGGAGUCAGACCUGGGCACAUUUGCCCCCUUGGGCCUGCAGUUUACUGGUAGUGACAAAGCCAGAGCUAUCAUGAAGGAAGUCAUGAAAUUGCUGGCACCGAUUAACGUCACGUCUUUGGAGGAGCAUGGAGAAGGAACUGACAUUAACAUGUGGAUGAAAGCUGGAGUUCCAGGUGCUAGCCUGCACACAGCUGACAGUAAGUACUUCUGGUUUCACCACAGUGAAGGCGACACAAUGACUGUGCAGGACCCCACAGAGAUGAACCUGUGCUCAGCUGUGUGGGCUGUGGUGGCCUACGUUGUUGCUGACCUUGAUGAGAUGCUCCCCAGAUAG